AUGUCAGAAAUCUUUCUGAACCACAUCAGCCGAUGGCUGUUGAGCUCCCCGCCCGCGGAGUGGGCGAUUAAUCAACUGCGCGAACUGCUCAUCGGAGCGUUAAAGCAAGGGCCAAUUCCUCAACAUGUCGCUUUCGAAAUGGACGGCAACAGGCGGUAUGCCCGAGGCAAGCGCAUGGAGACGAUAGAGGGCCACCACCACGGUUUUGAAGCCCUUGCACGGGUUCUCGAAAUUUGCUACAAGUGCGGCGUCCGAGUCGUGACAGUUUACGCCUUCAGCAUCGAAAACUUCAACCGCCCGCAAUACGAGGUCGAUGGGCUGAUGCAGCUGGCCAAGGUGAAACUUGAGCAGUUGACACAGCAUGGUGAUCUGCUCGAUCGAUAUGGUGCGGCGGUUCGGGUGCUCGGCCAGAGGGAGCUCAUCCGCAAGGACGUGCUCGACGUUGUCGAUCGUGCUGUGGAUAUGACCAAGUACAACAAGCGCAACGUCUUGAACAUCUGCUUUCCGUACACUUCAAGGGAGGAAAUGGCGACAGCGAUGCGCUCCACGGUGGAGGAGUAUAUGAUGCCCCCGGGUCCCAAGUACACGCCGUUCCCUGCCGCGCGCAUUUCGCAAAAGAUCAUGUCGAAGCAGCUAGACCGACGCGAGCCUCUUCCAACCAUUCGCGACACAUCCCCAGCACCUUCAUCCCGGUCAGACGGCGAUGAUGGCGCAUCAUCGUCAACGACCCUGCCUCCAGACUCGCCGUCGCCACCAAAUCACCGUCCCGGUUCCUCUGGCGGAAUGCGCCUGAAGAACCCGGAGACCAUCACAGCCGAAACGUUGAACAACCACAUGUACACUGCUGGUAACCCCCCGUUGGAUAUCUUCGUUCGAACUAGUGGCGUAGAGAGGCUCAGCGACUUCAUGCUCUGGCAGUGCCACCAGGACACUCACAUCUUCUUCCUCAAGUGUCUGUGGCCCGAUUUCGAUCUGCAGCACUUCCUCCCUGUCCUUCUAGAAUGGCAAUGGAGGCAAAAAACAAUCGAGAGAGAUGAGAGGCCUAGACAGAUCGCCGCUAAUGCGCGGAAGCUCGCCUAA